GGAUGGAGGUUGGGCAGUGGGGAGGCCAGGACAGGUGUGUGUGGAAGGACAAGGGAUACAGGUGAGUGUCGGUGCGUCGGAGUUACCGGUGUGUUGUAGAGGAGAGGAGACAUAAGUGUGGUGGGGAGGAGGACCAACAGGUGUGUGCUGGAGAGGAGUUUUGACAGGUGUGCGGGGUGUGGAGUGGCGGAGUGGCGGGUGCAGCGGGCCGUGGGAGGGGCAGGGCACACCGAGGGCACGGCGGGGCGGGGCCGGGCCUGUGGUUGGCUGGGGCCAGGGGCAGACUCCGCCCCGCCCCGCCAGGCCCCGCCCAGCGCUCCCCGCCCCAAGGCUGAGGCGGCGGUGUCGUCAGUAUUUUGGUGAGCGGCGAGUGUGUGCCAUGAGUGGGCCAGGUCACCCGCGACCUGACCUGAGCUGACCAGUGCGUGAGCGAGCCAGCGCCCGCCACAAUGGAUCCAGGCAUCCGUGCGCGCGGUCACUGGUGGGGGCCUGGACCCUUGCACUGGCGGGGGCGGCAGGUGUACACAUGUUUGAUAAUCUUGACCCUUUUGAGCGGGUCGUUUGUGCAGUGCUGCGGGCCGGGCCGCGGCGGGGGUCGCCGCCGAUCCCCGCGGAAACUGCGGCCGCUCGUGUUCAAGCAACACGUUCCCAACGUGUCGGAGAAGACACUCGGUGCUUCGGGCCUGACGGAGGGCGCCAUCACCCGGGACGACCCCAGGUUUCAGGACCUUGUUCCCAACUACAACUCUGACAUCAUCUUCAAGGACGAGGAGGGCACUGGUGCAGACAGAGUCAUGACACAGCGGUGCAAGGAGAAGCUGAACACCCUGGCCAUCAGCGUGAUGAACCAGUGGCCCGGCGUGAGGCUGCGGGUCACCGAGGCCUGGGACGAGGACCUCCUCCACUCCCCGCAGAGUCUUCACUAUGAGGGACGCGCCGUUGACAUCACCACCUCUGAUAAGGACCGCUCCAAGUACGGCAUGCUGGCACGGCUGGCACGGGAAGCGGGCUUCGACUGGGUGUACUAUGAGUCAAGGUCCCACGUGCACUGCUCCGUUAAGUCAGAGAAGUCAGCGGGCAGCAAGCUGGGCGGGUGCUUCCCUGGCAGAGGAGAGGUGGUGACUCCCCAGGGUUCGGUGCCCCUGGAGGUCGUGCGGGCGGGGGACCUGGUACAGGUGAUGCGGGAGGACGGCUCCCUGGCAUUCAGCCCCGUGCUGAUGUUCCUGCACCGCGAUCCCCGUGUGUCCCGCUCCUUCCUGCGGCUAACCACGGCCAGCGGUACCACGCUCACCCUCACAUCCUCGCACCUCAUCUUCCUGCUGGAGGGUGGCCUGGCCCCCUCGGCCACGCCCACGGUGGAGGACGCCCUGCAGCACGGCGGCGUGGUGCUGGCGGGCCGCCUGGAGUCUGGGGACUUUCUGCUGGUGGCUGGCGAGGGCGGCGUGAGGCUGGAAAAGUUGGUCAGCGUAAGCCACCACGUGGGCGCGGGGGUGUUCGCGCCCCUCACGGCCGAGGGUACGGUGGUGGUGGACGGCGUGGUGGCCUCCUGCUACGCAGUCAUCGAUUCCCAGGCCAUCGCGCACUGGGCCUUCCUGCCCGUGCGCUUGUACAUCAACCUGCGGGAGGCGAUGCUAACGCUGCUGCGAUCCGUAGGAGGCUUGGCGCCGCCCGCCAAGGCCCAGGCUCCGGUGUAUGGCACCACCAACACCACGGCGGACAGCGUGAGGUGGCGGGAGGGGGAGGUCGCCACCAACAGCCUGCGGGAGGGCGACGCGGUGCACAUCCACUGGUACCCCCGCAUGCUGUAUACCCUGGCCUCCUGGCUGCUGCCCUCACACCUGGUGUACUCCUAGUGGCCACGCCCGCCGCCCACCCGACACAGGAAUCACCACGCGUUAUUCCCACGGAUGCGACACCCAGCCUCCGCAACGACGAGAGAGAGAGAGAGAGAGAGAGAGAGAGAGAGAGAGAGAGAGAGAGAGAGAGAGAGAGAGAGAGAGAGAGAGAGAGAGAGAGAGAGAGAGAGAGAUGCAACACCUGGUAGGGCGGCGACGUGGCUGCAGGUGAGGAGGAGGGAGACAAGUACACUCCCACCACCUAAUUGAAUAUGUAAAGUGUUUAUGUAAAUGACUGCAAGGUAUGUGCGUGUGCGUGCGUGCGUGCGUGCGUGCGUGCGUGUAAAUGUGUGGGUAUGUAUGUCUGCCUGCAUGAUGCGUGAGUGUGUGUGUGUGUGUGUGUGUGUGUGUGUGUGUGUGUGUGUGUGUGUGUGUGUGUGUGUGUGUGUGUGUGUGUGUGUGUGUGUGUGUGUGUGUGUGUGUGUGUGUGUGUGUGUGUGUGUGUGUGUGUGUGUGUGUGUGUGUGUGUGUGUGUGUGUGUGUGUGUGUGUGUGUGUGUGUGUGUGUGUGUGUGUGUGUGUUUGAUAGAGAGAGAGAGAGAGAGAGAGAGAGAGAGAGAGAGAGAGAGAGAGAGAGAGAGAGAGAGAGAGAGAGAGAGAGAGAGAGAGAGAGAGAGAGAAACUGAAAGAAGGAAAGAAGGAAAGAAACAUCAGAAAAAAAAGAACAAAAGAAAACAGAGGAAUAAAGUAACAACAGAAAUACACGAAACAGAAAGAAAAAUCAAAACCACGCAAAACAAAAUAAAAAAAAAAACACACAAACACACAAACACACAAACACCAACAAACCAGCAACAAAAAAAAAAAAAAAACCAUUCACCAACCUUUCACACAAACCGACAAACACACACACACACACACACACACACACACACACACACACACACACACACACACACACACACACACACACACACAAACAAAAAAGUGUAACGAAGCAGAAGUGAUCAGUGUCCGUGGCGAGAUGAUGAACAAAUGGUGGCAGCGGAUGAGGAUCGAGCGAGGAGGGACCGACCUGCUGAGAGUGUAGUGCUGUGGACAACGGACCUGAAGGGCUACUCGGGACAGCUGAGGUCUGAGUCACUGUGCAUUGGCGAGGGACGUUGUGAGAGAAGCUGGUGGAGGAGGAGGAGGAGGAGGAGGAGGAGGAGGAGGAGGAGGAGGAGGAGGAGGAAGAGGAGGAGGAGGAGGAGGAGCUUUGUGUAAAACUGAAAUAAAUACGUGAAUAUGUAUGUGUUCAUAUACUCAUAUAUGUGGACAUGCUUGUGUGUACCUAAAUAUAUGUGUAGCAUGUACGUGUGUGUGUGUGUGUGUGUGUGUGUGUGUGUGUGUGUGUGUGUGUGUGUGUGUGUGUGUGUGUGUGUGUGUGUGUGUGUGUGUGUGUGUGUGUG